UAACAACAAAUUUUAAUUUGAAUGGGUUAUUUGUUGCCUUUGUAUAGUUAUCUAACAAAUAUAUCUAAAUACUUUCUUGUUGUUUUUUUGCAGCAGAUAUUCAUCUUUAGAGUAUGAUUUACAGGUUUGAUUUGUAAAGAGGGGAAAAAUGAUUAUCAAGGUUCAAUACCUGAGCCAAAAGAAGUAUGUCAAGAUAGGGGAGGCAUGCUUUGAGAUGUUCAUUGCUGAAGCCGGAGAAAAGUUCUCUAUACAACAAGACAAGACCCUGACAGUGACAGACGAUGGAGGAAUAGAAAUUGAUGCUGAUGUGUUUCCAGAGUUGAUGAACAAGGAUGUGUGCUUGGUCAUUCAUAGUGAUUCUAAAGAAUUAUCUGCCAAAACUUCAUCAAGCCACAUGGACACAUUGGCCAUGUUGAGUAGAGAGGAUAGUGAGGGUGAUGCCUUGUCUAAAAGAGCGUGCAUGGAGAAUGAGGGGUUACAGGGUGCUCCAGCCAGAGAUCUUAUUAAAGGGAUUUUACUUGAGAAACCUGGGGGUGUAGCAAUCCUGAAGGAGUAUGAGGAAACUGGGAGCAUAUGUGAUAGUUCCAGACGACAAAUGGUGAACAUGUUAGCGGCACACAUGACAGAAACUGAAGGGAGGAUUCCACAACGACUGACCAAGGAAAAGUAUGCCCACGGUAUCAUCAGCUUGUUCCCAGCCCUGAAAGAUCCACUGUCUAAGAAAGGCUAUGAGCAUUUCUAUGAUGCACAGAGUGGAUCAGGCUUCCUGGCUUGGAGGCUGAAGACUAUACAAAGAAAGACAAAGCUUCACCCUCUCUCAUCUAGUUCUUCUAGUUCAGCAGUGGUGACAGGAGGUGGUCCGACACUCAUCAGGAGUAUAAACAACAAACAUCAACUUGAGGACGAGCAGUGCAAACAGGCUAUUUCAUAAAUGAGCCAUACCAAUGAUCAGGACAUUAUAU